GANGCCAAAAAAAAAAAACCUUUCAAUAAAAACCGUACUGAAGCCAAUAAAAAAUCCCACCCGAAUCAAUCAUCGUAUGAGUACUGCCAACCUGGCGCCGGGCUCCGGCGGAAGUUCCGGCGGCGGCUCAAGCGGCGGCGCCGCCUCCGUCGGGCCGUGCGGGGCAUGCAAGUUCCUAAGAAGGAAGUGCGUGGCGGGUUGCAUAUUUGCCCCGUAUUUUGACUCGGAUCAAGGGGCGGCCCAUUUUGCGGCGGUCCACAAGGUGUUUGGGGCCAGCAACGUGUCAAAGCUGCUCCACCACAUACCGCAGGCCCGCCGGAUGGAUGCGGUGGUCACGAUAUGCUACGAGGCCCAAGCCCGUCUUCGUGAUCCGGUCCAUGGAUGUGUGGCCCACAUCUUUGCCCUCCAGCAACAGGUGGUGAAUCUCCAAUCUGAGCUCAACUACCUGCAAGCCCACCUCGCCGCCCUAGAGAUUCCGACUCCGCCGCCGGCGCCGGCACCGGCGCCGCCGCAUCCCCUCUUCCCGCCGCCGUCGAUGCAGCCGUUUUCCGACCAGUCGGCGGCCUACGAGCUGUCGGCGUUUUUCGACAGCAUGGCGCAGUACCCAUCGUGGACCCUUCAUCAGCGGCAGCAAAUAGACCCGCGCCACUUUCCCACCGCCGCCGGCAGGGCCCCCACGGAGCUGCCGCCGUCGGCCUCCGCCGCCGAUGGCGGCGGCGGCGACCUCCAAGAAGUGGCGCGUGAGCUUCUGAACCGGCACGCGCCUCCUGCAGUCCCCUGCAGAAAUCACCAAGUUUCAGCUUUGCCCCCAAAUUCGAGGUGAAAAAAUAGACCCAAAAAUGAAAUUA